GUCAGCUUGCCAUUGUACGCUCGCUCAAGUUUUGUACGGUUACACAGCUAGAUAGCCAUUGUUUUAGAAAAUUAUAAAUAAGAAGCGUUUUCAUUCGCUUCUAAACACCUUUUACAAUCAUCUUGGUUCGAAAAAUAGAAAGAUGCCAAACAUAAAAUUACAGUCUUCAGAUAAUGAGAUAUUUGAUGUUGAUGUCGAAAUUGCAAAAUGCUCGGUCACAAUAAAGACCAUGUUGGAAGAUUUGGGUAUGGACGAUGACGAAGAAGAAGUGGUUCCUUUGCCGAAUGUUAAUUCUGCUAUUCUGAAGAAAGUUAUUCAAUGGGCAACAUACCAUAAGGAUGAUCCACCUCUACCUGAAGACGACGAAAAUAAAGAAAAACGUACUGAUGAUAUUUCUUCGUGGGAUGCGGAUUUCUUGAAAGUUGAUCAAGGCACAUUGUUUGAGUUAAUUUUAGCAGCUAAUUAUUUGGAUAUAAAGGGAUUGUUGGACGUGACAUGCAAAACUGUAGCUAAUAUGAUCAAAGGCAAAACACCAGAGGAAAUUCGGAAGACUUUUAACAUUAAGAAUGACUUCACUGCUGCUGAAGAGGAACAAGUGCGCAAAGAAAAUGAGUGGUGUGAGGAAAAGUAAUUAAAAUUAGAUUUUAUAUAAGUU